GAAGAAGAUUAGAUCGUGAAGGCAAAAAAUAGUACACAUAAUUGCGGAAAACCAUGCAAAAGGUGGUUUGAGAUUUUAGUGGUGAUGAGCUUCUGUGUUGCACUAUAAAUAUUGAAACCAAAGUACUACUGGUCAGCCAACUCAGGAUCGAUCAUCUUUUUCCCCCAAAUGUCAUGUUUUCAAACCAAUAUUAUAAUAAUAAUAUCAUGGGUUUGAAAAUCAAUAUGGGAAGUACUAUAGCAUUGCUGUUGUUGUUAGCAUAUGCUGCCAAUGCCCAACCUGGUGUCUUUGAUAUCAGAAAGUACGGUGGCAAGUCGAAUGGAGAUAUCACCCAGGCUGUGAUAAAAGCUUGGCAAGGAGCCUGCCAAACAGCGGGAAGGAGCAAAGUAGUGAUUCCAAAAGGGAUAUACAGAAUGGGGGCUGUAACAUUUAGUGGACCGUGUAAGGGUAGGAUCGAGUUUCAGAUUCAAGGAACCGUACAAGCCCCAGGCGGUCGCGGUUACUUCAAGUCGGGAAGUUGGGUCACUUUUUUACGCAUUGACGGCUUCACUUUGUCUGGCGGUGGAACUUUUGAUGGUAAAGGCAAAAGCGUAUGGGGAACGAAAUCGUGUUCCGGUAUUAAAUACUGCGGUGACCUUCCCAUCAGUCUCAGGUUUGAUUUCAUCAGCAACGGACUGAUUCAGGGCAUAACAUCUUUGGAUAGCAAACAAUUCCACAUUAAUUUGUUGGGUUGCAAAAAUGUUACCUUCCAACGCGUAAAUAUCAUAGCACCUGGAAAUAGUCCCAACACUGAUGGAAUUCAUCUUGGGCGAUCAUCUGGAAUCAGAAUACUCGAUACAAAGAUUGCAACUGGUGAUGAUUGUGUUUCCAUUGGUGAUGGCAGUCGGGAUAUACUUGUCCAAAGAGUAACUUGUGGACCUGGCCAUGGAAUCAGCAUCGGAAGUCUUGGCAAGUACACGAAUGAAGAACCUGUGGUUGGAGUCAAAGUUCUUGAUUGCACAAUGACAAACACACAGAAUGGCGUGAGAAUCAAGACAUGGCCUAAUUCCUUUGCUGGCACCGCCUCUGAUCUGCAUUUCGAGAAUCUCGUCAUGAACAAUGUCGACUAUCCUGUCCUCAUAGAUCAAUCAUACUGCCCAUGGCGUCAGUGCAAAGCACAAAUCCCCUCCAAGAUCAAGAUCAGCGAUGUCAGCUUCAAGAACAUAAAAGGUACAGCUAAUACAAAGGGGGCAGUGAAGCUUAUUUGCAGUAAGGCAGUACCGUGUAAGAAUGUGAAGGUCACUGACAUAGACAUCCGAUACCAAGGAAAAGACGGUCCUGCUACUUUCCAAUGCACUAAUGUCAAUCCAACCCUCGGUGGGAAACAUAAUCCUCCUCCUUGUACGGUUAAAUAAAUUCCUAAAGUUACCAAAUAAAUCACAAUAAGAUCAUUACAAUAUAAUUUAAUUAAACUUCUUGUUCUUGUGUACUACGUUAA